UAUUUUACUUUCCCAGAAACGUUUAACUAAAGCUCCCAAAAAAACACCCUGUAUACUAUACGUAUACCUAAUACAUCACACUCUCUGAAAAAGUGUUUGGCCCUUAACGCCAGAGAUAAAUUUCUUCAGGCUCAAGGUCUCGGCGUAGAAUAAAACCUCAGAGAAGCUGGAUAACGAUCUCUCUUCGGUGGGAGUUCCAGGCGCAAGCAUUCAUAGAAAAGACUGAGGGGCGAGGAUAGUCGCGACAAGUGGACGAAUCCCUCCCUAUCGUUUAAACGUACACAAGGAAACACAAACACAGAGGGUUCCCAUUAUACAAGUCAGGAUAAUCCUAUCAGGAUAGCUAAAGUAACAAAAAUCAAGUGACAUAUUCACAUGUCAUUUAAAACUUUCUCACCUUUACCUAUUUUAAAAUGAAACUAGAGGAAAAAUUGGGUUGUGGAGACGGUGUAAAUACUUGCAAUGAUUCCAAGAGAGGAACACCAUCUAGCCGCCGCUUUAGCACAAAAACCUUACCCAAUCCCACCUGUAAAGCCAAAUUACAAGCCGCAAUCCAGGAGGUGUCUCGUUCGGCUUUCACUGUUAGCCGAAGGAAAUCCCUAUCUUUAGCCGAAAUAACACCCACCAGAGGCAACACACGGAAUCGCAAGGUAACUACAAUGAGUGAUACUAACGCCGCAGCGAGGCGUAUCUUCAAAGUUCUAUUGCUGAAUGCAUGGAGAAAGACAACCAAAGAGCGAGAGCUACGUACAGAAGAUCUGCGCGCACUCCAAGAUCAGAACAAAGAGCUGGAGCUGCAAGUGGACGCCUUACACCAUUUAAGAAAGUCAGAAAGUCAAAAACGUAAUGAGGCAGUCGCCCAAGCACAAGUACUCCAUCGUAAACACGAAGACAGCCUUAUUGAGAACAAAAAACUACUAAAAUCCAAGUCCAUCGCCGAAAGAGAUUUAAGCGUUUUACAAAACAAAUCAUAUGCCCUACACGUGGAACUGGAAAGUACAACAAACGACUUACGUCUGAGACAGAACGAGCAGCAGAAAAUCGAGCAUUGCGUAUCAGUCGAAAAGAAAAAAAUCAAACGCCUACGCCUUGUAAAGCGAACUUUGAUUGAGCAAGAAUUUAAUUUGAAACAAGAAAUCGAUCACUAUAAUUUAAAAACGGCAGAUUUACGUGAGACGCUUUUAAAUGCAGAAUUGCUGAUGCACGACGCCGUUUUCUGCAGGGACAAUUAUGAGCAAAUGAGAAAUAAGCUGGCAGAAAAUCUGGUCGUGGUCAAGUUCAGAAAUCAGCAAACAAGAGAAGAAAAUUAUAAGCUGAAGUUUUGCCUUAUCUUGAUGAGAAGAGUUUUGAAAAAACGGCAAAACCGGCCGUGGUGGAAGAACGCUAGUGAGCUCGGUUUUGCAACUUUAAAUUCGAUAAGAUCCAUUUCAAAUCAAUUAUUUCCGAUUUUACAAGUUGAUUAAGAUUAGUUUCUUAUACCUAUUAUAAUAAUUACUAUACCGGUUUAUUUUAACGUUAAUUCUCAGAGCAGUAUUUGUGCGAAAUAAAAUAG